GCUGCGCAGGUGCUGGCCACGGCAGACAGGCAGGACCAGCUGCAUGAUUUACAGGGCUCUGGGGGAAGCGAAAUGAAGACACGGGGCUCCUCACUCAGAGCUUCUUAAGCUUUUCAAGACAGAACCCACAGAAUGUGCAGCCAAGUGCGGGAUCCUUGCAAGUGUGGCCAGUUCACACACCCAAGAGGCUGCUCUGAAGAUGGGCGGGCCUGGAUACUGCUGUGAAUGGAUCACCAUGAGGACCUAGGGUAUCUGCCUGCUGACCCCCUGGCCUGCAGUGACCAUGGCCCCCCGCAAGAGGAGCCGCCAUGGCCUGGGCUUCCUGUGCUGCUUUGGGGGCAAUGACCUCCCUGAGAUCAACAUCCGGGACAACCACCCUCUGCAGUUCCUCGAGUUUUCCGGCCCCAUUCCAAAUCCUGAGGAGCUCAAUGUUCGCUUUGCGGAGCUUGUGGAUGAAUUGGACCUCACAGACAAGAACCGGGAGGCCGUGUUUGCGCUGCCGCCUGAGAAGAAAUGGCAGAUCUACUGCAGCAAGAAGAAGGAGCAGGAGGACCCCAACAAGCUGGCGACCAGCUGGCCGGACUAUUACAUUGACCGAAUCAACUCCAUGGCUGCGAUGCAGAGUCUCUACGCCUUUGACGAGGAGGAGACGGAGAUGAGGAAUCAAGUGGUGGAAGAUCUGAAGACAGCUCUCCGCACACAGCCCAUGAGGUUUGUGACUCGCUUCAUCGAGCUGGAGGGCUUGACCUGUCUGCUGAAUUUCCUCCGGAGCAUGGACCACGCCACCUGUGAGAGCCGCAUCCACACCUCCCUCAUCGGCUGCAUCAAGGCACUAAUGAACAAUUCCCAGGGGCGGGCGCAUGUGCUGGCCCAGCCUGAGGCCAUCAGCACCAUUGCUCAGAGUCUGCGCACAGAGAACAGCAAGACCAAAGUGGCUGUGCUGGAGAUCCUGGGCGCUGUGUGCCUUGUGCCUGGUGGCCACAAGAAGGUGCUCCAAGCCAUGCUGCACUACCAGGUGUACGCAGCUGAGCGAACACGCUUCCAGACGCUUCUGAAUGAGCUGGACCGCAGCCUGGGCCGGUACCGGGAUGAAGUGAAUCUGAAGACAGCCAUCAUGUCUUUCAUCAACGCUGUCCUCAAUGCUGGAGCUGGAGAGGAUAACCUGGAAUUUCGCCUCCAUCUACGGUAUGAGUUCCUGAUGCUGGGGAUACAGCCUGUGAUCGACAAGCUCCGGCAACACGAGAAUGCCAUCCUGGACAAGCACUUAGACUUUUUUGAGAUGGUCCGGAAUGAGGAUGACCUUGAACUAGCCAGGAGGUUUGACAUGGUCCACAUCGACACGAAGAGUGCUUCCCAGAUGUUCGACCUGAUUCACAAGAAACUGAAACAUACGGAGGCCUACCCCUGCCUGCUCUCUGUCCUGCACCACUGUCUGCAGAUGCCAUACAAGCGAAAUGGUGGCUACUUCCAGCAGUGGCAGCUCCUGGACCGUAUCCUGCAACAGAUCGUCCUUCAGGAUGAACGAGGCGUGGAUCCUGACCUGGCUCCCCUGGAGAACUUCAAUGUCAAGAACAUCGUCAAUAUGCUCAUCAAUGAGAAUGAAGUCAAACAGUGGCGAGAACAGGCAGAGAAGUUCCGGAAAGAACACAUGGAACUGGUGAGCCGGCUGGAGAGGAAGGAGCGUGAAUGCGAGACCAAGACUCUGGAGAAGGAGGAGAUGAUGCGAACACUGAACAAGAUGAAGGACAAACUGGCCCGGGAGUCCCAGGAGCUGCGCCAGGCCCGGGGACAAGUGGCAGAAUUAGUGGCCCAGCUCAGUGACCUCUCGAUGGGCCCUGUGUCUGCUCCCCCUCCCCCGGGGGGGCCAGUCAUCCUGUCUUCUUCCUCCAUGACAACCGAUGACCGGCCUCCACCACCACCACCCCCUCUCCCCUUCGUCUGCUGUCCUCCUCCACCCCCACCGCCCCUCCCGCCUAGUGGGGCUCCCACACCCCCAGGUGCCCCACCUUGCUUUGGCAUGGCCCUGCCCGUCCCUCAGGACCCCUUCCCCAGCAGUUACAUCCCACUCAGGAAAAAGCGUGUACCGCAGCCUUCCCACCCGCUGAAGUCCUUCAACUGGGUCAAGCUGAAUGAGGAGUGGGUUCCCGGCACCGUGUGGAAUGACAUCGAUGACAUGCAAGUGUUUCGUGUCUUGGACCUAGAGGAUUUUGAAAAAAUGUUCUCAGCCUAUCAGAGGCACCAGAAAGAAUUGGGCUCCACCGAAGACAUCUACCUGGCCUCCCGCAAGGUCAAGGAGCUGUCAGUCAUUGAUGGCCGGAGAGCGCAGAACUGCAUCAUCCUGCUCUCUAAGUUGAAGCUUUCCAAUGAGGAGAUCCGGCAGGCUAUCUUGAAGAUGGACGAGCAGGAGGAUCUGGCCAAGGACAUGCUGGAGCAGCUCCUCAAGUUCGUCCCAGAGAAGAGUGAUGUUGACCUGCUGGAGGAGCACAAGCAUGAGAUUGAGCGGAUGGCCCGCGCCGACCGCUUCCUCUAUGAGAUGAGCAGGAUUGACCACUACCAGCAGCGUCUUCAGGCUCUCUUCUUCAAGAAGAAGUUCCAAGAGCGACUGGCUGAGGCCAAGCCCAAAGUGGAAGCCAUCCUGUUGGCUUCCCGGGAGCUGACCCUCAGCAAGCGUCUAAAGCAGAUGUUAGAAGUCGUCCUGGCCAUCGGCAACUUCAUGAACAAAGGGCAGCGUGGGGGUGCCUAUGGCUUCCGGGUGGCCAGCCUCAACAAGAUUGCUGACACCAAGUCCAGUGUCGACAGGAAUAUCUCUCUGCUGCAUUACCUGAUCAUGAUCCUGGAGAAGCACUUCCCAGACAUCCUGAACAUGCCUUCCGAGCUGCAGCAUCUUUCGGAAGCCGCCAAAGUCAACCUGGCAGAGUUGGAGAAGGAGGUGGGCAACCUGAAGAGGGGCCUGAGAGCAGUGGAGGUGGAGCUGGACUACCAGAAACGCCAGGUGCGAGAGCCCAGCGACAGGUUUGUCCCCAUCAUGAGCGACUUCAUCACAGUGUCCAGUUUCAGCUUCUCCGAGCUAGAGGAGCAGCUAAAUGAGGCCCGGGACAAGUUUGCUCAGGCCCUGAUGCACUUUGGAGAGCAGGAGAGCAAGAUGCAGCCAGACGAAUUCUUUGGCAUCUUUGACACCUUUCUGCAGGCCUUCUCAGAGGCCCGGCAGGACCUGGAGGCCAUGAGGAGGAAGAAGGAGGAAGAGGAGCGCCGGGCACGCAUGGAAGCCAUGCUGAAGGAGCAGAGGGAGCGGGAGCGGUGGCAACGGCAGCGGAAGGUGCUGGCUGGCAAUGCGCUGGAGGAGGGUGGCGAGUUCGAUGACCUGGUGUCAGCCCUGCGCUCUGGGGAAGUCUUCGACAAGGACUUGUGCAAGCUCAAGCGCAGCCGCAAGCGGUCAAGUGGCCAGGCCCUGGAGGUGACCCGUGAGCGGGCUAUAAAUAGGCUAAAGCAUUGACCCACGGCAGUGGACAGGCUGCACAGGAGACUG